UUUAUGUUUCUCAAUACAAUGACUGAGCUCUUCGACAGUGUUCUAAAAAAUUCUGAUAUGUGCAACGACAAAAUAAAUGAAUAUACUUUUCAAGAUAUUUGUAAAAUAAAAGACUUUUUAGCCAGGGAAGUAGAUCUAGUUCCAAAAAUCGGAAUAAUCUGCGGAACAGGUUUAGGUUCAUUGGCCGAGACGAUUACUAAGGCAGUUAUAAUCGAUUACAAGGAUAUUCCAAAUUUUCCAAUGAGUACAGUUGAAGGUCACAAAGGUAAAUUAAUAUUUGGAUAUAUAAAUGAUGUACCUGUAAUCUGUAUGCAGGGACGAUUUCACUACUACGAAGGAUAUUCCCUAGCACAAUGCGUUAUGCCUAUCCGUCUGAUGAAACUUUUUGGAAUCACACAUUUAAUUGCAUCCAACGCUGCUGGAGGUUUAAACCCAAAUUUCAAGGUAGGCGAUAUAAUGCUACAAAAGGAUCACUUAAAUAUUAUGGGAUUUUCUGGAAAUAAUCCCUUAAGGGGUCCAAACGAUACCAAUUUCGGUCCGAGGUUUUUUGCCAUGACUAAUGCAUAUGAUCCUACUAUAUUAGAAGGUGUUAAGGAUAUAGUAAAACAAUUAGGUUUAGAACAGAUUGUUCAAGAAGGAGUUUACACCUGCAUGGGAGGACCAAAUUAUGAAACUACAGCAGAAUUAAGAGCUUUAAAAAUUUUAGGAGUUGACGCUGUUGGAAUGUCCACUGUUCAUGAAGUUACUGCAGCAAGGCAUUGUGGUAUAAAAUGUUUUGCUUUUAGUUUAAUAACAAAUAUCUGUAGUACAGAGUAUGGCGUUGGAACUGAAGCCAAUUGUGAAGAAGUCCUUGAGGUGGGAAAAUCGAAAGAAAAAAUUCUGAAAAUUUUAGUUACGAACAUUGUUAGUUACAUAGGGAAUCAAGACUAAUGUGUUUUGUAGUUAGUAUAUACAAGUAACAACCAAAUCAUAAAUUUUGGAGAACAAAAUUUAGUGCUAAUUGUGAUAUUUAUUUUUUAUGUUAAAAUAAAUAAAGUUUUAAGUAGA